CUGGGUGAUAGUGUGAAAUUGUAUGGAUUGUAAAAAGGAAAAAUUUGGUGACGAAUAAAUUCAUUAGUUAUAUAGCGGAAAACAUUUAAUACAUACCAUGGAGAGUGUCUACUCCCGUCAGAGUGCUAUACGUUCACAAGAAACGCCGUAUCUCUGUAGUAUAUGAGUGAUGACCCGUACGUAACCUCUCUCGUUACUAGUUGGGGCGUGCGCAGAUUGUGUGUAAACAAUGUCGAAAGUUCUGCCGAGACUACAUUAUUUGCUUAGAAAUAGAAAUAGUCUGAUGACAGGAACAUGUACCGGUGUCAGAAGGUACGCUACGGACGAUUCAACUAGUACAUCGACAAAGAUUCCAGGUGGAAAAGAAGAUGGGAAGAAGGGAAAGGGUGGUCCAGUAACCUGGAAAACAGUGGGUAUUACAGCUCUUGUAGGUGGUUCCCUGGCAGCUUUUAUGCUCCAUUUGAAGAACGAGAAACAACAAGCGCGCGACCGCGAGAGGAAGCGGCAGCUGGGCAAGGCGGCCAUCGGCGGUGCCUUCGAGCUCGUGGACUGCGAGGGCCGGCCGCGCUCCAGCCGCGACUUCCUGGGUCAGUGGCUGCUCAUCUACUUCGGCUUCACGCACUGUCCCGACAUCUGCCCGGACGAGAUCGAGAAGAUGGUCGCCGUCGUCGAAACGCUCGACAAGCUGGAGGACGUGCCGAAGGUGCAGCCGCUUUUCAUCACAGUGGACCCGGAGCGAGACACGCCCACCAUCGUGGGCAAGUACUGUGCCGAGUUCUCGCCGCGCAUCAUCGGGUUGACCGGCUCGCCGGAGCAGGUGCAACGUGCCUGCAAGGCGUACCGCGUCUACUCGAGCGCCGGGCCCCGCGACGUCGAAGACGACUACAUUGUGGAUCACACCAUAAUCACGUACUUGGUGAACCCGGACGGAGAGUUUGUGGACUAUUACGGCCAGACGCGAACUGUCGAAGAGGUCGCUAACAGCAUCCAGUUCAACAUGGUCAAAUACAAUGAGGUGCACAAGAAAUCGUGGUUCUAGCUCGCAGCACUGACGGAGGGCCGGCGACACUCGGGAUUGCGGCGGGCCGCCGGGGUGUAGCCGUUUCACGGGACAGUCGCCGAACUGACCGAGGAGUUGCUCGUCGGUAUCGAUCGGUGGUGGCAACGGGACAGUCUGUGUUCUCGUUUUAAGCGCGCCGUGUCAUCUAGAAUUUGCUUGCACUCGGGACAGGCUCCUUUCUAGUAUCGCAAUCGGAGGCAGAAGCAGGCUGUGAAUAGGAAGAAGGGUGAAAUGAUCACCGCAAGUAAUAUUUCGGUGGCGAAAUCUUUCUAGUAACACGCAGGCAUUAGGUCUGUGGCAGAAACCUCAGGGGAGUUGUGGACUAGAGAGAAAUGUCGGUUGUGCUUUUUGUAUACACUCUUUGACAAACGGGAUGUGGUUGCACAUUGUUCUUCUACAUAACUUUCUAGAAAGUAACUUCAGGCCAAGUAAUUACUAUUUCUAAUAUUUUAUUUUCCAGAGGAGGUGUAGCAUUUAAGACCAGUAUACGUUUCUCAGUAUUCUUUGAGAAAAAACUGACUGUGUACCACACAUUACAUUUUCCUCGUCAUCGGACUUUGUACGGUAAACACGUAUCUUUUGUAGUGGCCCUGCUUGUAAAUACUGCUGCAAUUUCCUUCCAUCGUUCCAGUAUUUUGAAAACAGGAUUUGAAGGUCAGUACCCACAUACUAUCUACUUAAAGGAGUAAAUGUGCUGUUCAAAAACACUGAAAAAAGUUGACUUUGGAAUGUUCUGAGCACUAAUAAAUACAAAACUAUAGAAUAUUAUGGGCAUUUGAAAGAGAGCUACGUGUAGCUUAGCAUGUAGUGUUCUAGUAUUGCAACAGCAGUGUUAUCAGUUUGAUUCUUGCUACUGUCAACUUUUUUAUUUAUUUAUUUGUUUUCUUUAUCUUUACAUGAAUUGCCUGUUUUGGUUUAGUGUCUAGAGCACUAGACUCUGGCUCUAGGAGUCCUGGAUUGGUGCAUGGAUUUUUCUUCAUUCCUAUCUCUCCUGGAAGGUCUCAGAUCUACUCAGCCUGCUGCCAAAAUGAGUGCUAGGGGUCACCCCUGCGGGUAAAGAAUGAGCAGGCCUAGGAGCUCCACACACCUCCCCGUGCACCAGUAGGAAGGCUGUAAUCCACCUGCAGUCAGGCUGAUAGUUCAUUUAUGGGCUUGCACCAUAGGCUUUACAUUUACCUUUACUUUCAUGUGAAUGGUAUAUUUAUUAUCAAAUUGAAAUGUGAAUUAACAAACAUUUGAUAAAACGAUGGAAAAUCCAGGAUCAAAUGUAACAAUAUUAUGAGAACAAAAGUAGUUACUCACCAUAUAACGGAGCUGCUGAGUGGCAGAUAGGCACAACAAACAGACUCUGACAAUUCACACACACACACACACACACACACACACACACACAACUGCAGGCUCAAGCAACUGAAACCACACUCAGUUGCCUGAGACUGCAGCCGUGUGUGUGCGUGUAUGUGAGUGUAUUGUUGAGGAAGACCUUAAUGGCUGAAAGCUUUAAUUGUGAUAGUUUUUUUGUCGUGCCUAUCUGCCACUCAGCAUUCAAACAUUGGAUCAUAAUUUUUUAAUAAAACAACUUAUUUUUAGUUAAUAAUUGUAUAAAAAUGGAAGUACUGACAAUACAGCAACAUUUUUCUUUACAAAAAUGCAAAAUGUAUUAUUGUUAAAUGAAAUAUGGGGUGAUUUUUAUUAAUGUUUAAAAACCUCGGAAAUGAUGUAGGUGACGCUGAGGCAGUUAAUUUAAUAUAGAAGUGUGGAGAAAAACCCAAAAAGUGGAUGACAAAUGUCGAAUGUGUGACAUCGUCACACGACUUAUCUCGCUGCACGUGCAGCGGUUGAGCCCGUCGGUCGGUCGCACCCGAUCGCCCUGACCCGAGUCGAGUAUUCCCUUCGGUGUGGCGCCGUGCCCGUGUGCACAGCUAUCGUGCACAGAGCUCGAGGGUCGAGUCGUGUGUCUGACCGGCAGUAUAUUUUUCAUUGCGUGAGACCGUUAAGUGUUUCAUUGAGGUAUUAAUUUAUUUAUCGGUCUCACAGUCUCUGCUAGUUUAUUGCAAAGUACAGCACAACAAAGUCCUACCAAAUAAUGCCACUAGUAAAUGAGUAUAAGCUACCAAAUGGCAUCAUUACCAGUAAACGACCUAUAUUUACUUUAUGACUAACUAACCGUGAAUAAAUAAAGUAGGGGGUACAGGAAAGAAACAUAAAAUAAGGACAGCUUUUUCUCGGUUACGACGACGACAAUAAUCUGGCAUCUUCCAUUUUAGGACAGAUAAAACAGUGGAAAAUCCAGGAUGGAAUGUUAUUGUAGAACAGUUUACAUUUACAAAAGGUGUUCAAAAUUUGCUCCAUUUGCUCGAAUUCAAGUAUUGCAUCGCUCAGUCAUCCGUUCACACGUGCACUCAAAUAUAUGCACCCUGUUUUGGAUGGGUCAUCACGUGCCUUAACAUUUGUUAUCUACUUUUGGGGUAUUUUCCAAAAUUAGCAGCCCCAUGUGCUUUAUAUUAAAUUACUUGUCUCAGUGACAUUUACGUCGUUACUGGGCUUUUAAAACUUUAAGAAGAAUAACCCCAUAUAUAUUUUGCAUUUUUGUAUGAAAUUAAAAUUUGUUAUGAGCACUCACGUUUUGUGCAGUUAGUAAUAAAGAUCUAAAAAAGUAAUUUUUAUAUCAAGUCAUGAUUUAACAGUUGUUAAUUGAUAUUUCAAUUUGUUAAUAAAUAUAGACAUAAAGUAAAGAAGGAAGAAAGUUUAAAAGUUGAGAAUUGAACCAUUGACUUUGUUACUGUGUGACUAUAAUGCUAUGCAGUGAGCUACAAGCGGCUGUUUUUAAACACACAAAAUGUUUUGCAUUUUAAUACUUAAAAAGUUUUUGAAACCUUCAAAGUCAUAUUAUUUUUUAUUUUUUUUUUAGAACUGUAAGGCUCCCUCGGCUGUACCAGUUUACUAGAUUUCUGCACAUUUCCUCAGUACACUUUCGGCGAAUGCUGGGAAGGUACAUCGUACAACUCGGCAGUCACUUUCUUACCAGGGGACUGAUCACCUCAGAAGUUAAGUCCCGUAGUGCUCGGAGCCAGUUUCUUACCCAGUCCUCGUCGUCAUAAGAGUGCCGAGUGGUCUGUGCGUCUGACAGACUUGCGGAGGACCCGCAUUUGAUUUUCAGUACCGCCAGACAGUUUUCCUCCCGGGGGAAGACAGGAUCACUGUGCGCACACUGUAGUGAGGCCCUAAAACGGAAAGCAGCGACUCCGAGGUCUGGGAAACUGAAAAUGCCCCGAAGAGAGGUGCAUCGAUCUGGCAGGCCUCUGUUCCACGUCCGAAUGACACCGUGCAGCAAGGAAUGACAAGGAAGCUAGCCGGUAUCGUGUGGACCUCUGAGCUUGCUCUUGAAGUUUCUUUUUACUAUUCCUUGUGUGAAUAGGCUGGCAGUCUUCCUCUGACGUUCAGGAUCAGGUGACGUGAUGACCUUCCCGCACAAGGUCUGAACCCCUAGCCCACUGCCGGAUGUACAAUUUCUUUUUCCCUUAUUAACUGAAGGCAGUUUCUUUCAGAAUGGUUCAGCCUUUUGCUGCCUCAUUCCCAUCUGUCCAUGCUCUUAUCUGUAACAAUCAUAUUGAGAAAUGGUCACAAUCUUCUUCUUUUCUUGUAAAGGCUUUGUCUUAUCGCUGCUACUGUUGUCCCCUGUCAUGUGCUGUCCUCUUCAUUUCUUGAUAAUUUUUGGCAUUUCUACAUAUAAUUUUAACUCUGUAAAUUUCCACAAAGUUUUGUUUUCCUUUUUUAGGCAGUUGCUAUGCAGGUUCUCAGGCAACUGAUCUGAUUCAGAAUAUCUUCAUUGGUUUUUCUUUCUUUCCGUCCGUCUGGCCCUCAUUGGCCUUCUCCGAAGCUACAUUUCUGUAGCUUCAGAGUGCUUUGUCUGACCAUGAUAGGAACCAGUUUCCUCAGCUGUUCAGAAGCCGCUUCAAAUGAACUCUUGGCAAAUUGCUCCCCCCCCCCCCCCCCCCCAUACCGAAAGUCUUGUUCACUAGUUAUCUCAUUCAUUGUAAACAUGUUUAAUUGUUGCAGUUAUUUUUCUGAGUUCCAUACUGUAUCUGUCAUUAUCUGUAAUUAAUGUGCCAAAAAUAAAAUGUGUCAAGUUUUUGAUAAUUGUUGCUUACAUGAAGGCAAGCUUCAGCUGCUGCCCCUUGCAGUCAAAACUGUCAGGUACCAUUUUUCAGUGCCAUUAGACAAUGUAACAAGUGAAGUGUGAAGCAGCAGGGGUUUGUGCAGAAAGAAGGAACUGCCCUGAAGGUGGCCAGUGUGUGACCGAAGCAGUGCAUCUUCCAGUUCUUCCCUUUCUUCUGUUUGCUAAAUUUUGAAAUCCACAACAUUAGUAUUGCUAGAGAGCUGAGUGUUUGUAUGUAUUGACAGAAUGUUGCAAAUAAGGUACAGUGUUCACAUUCACGUUAAGAAAGUCCUAUAAAAUUUAAUUUGAGACCACUGUUUGAACAGAAAUAUUUCAGACGAAGACUGCAGUGUCUGAAUUUCCAGUUUAGUUGUUCCUCAAUUUCAGUCUCAUUGGUCUUAUUCUUUUUUUCUAAUUAAUUGUACCUUGUGGACCAGUCUGUGCUCAUUGUAUGUUCAUCCUCACUUAUUCUUGUCACAAUAUUUUUAAAAAAAUAUCUGUUAAAAGAAGUCUCGCAUUUACCGAAUGUGAUUAUUUAGUCAGAUCCGUAGCCCGUAGCAUUGCGAGCAGUUUACGGUAUUGUGCACUUGUCAGCUGCUGUCUUCAGUGGAACUUUAUUGCAUUUAUUGUGUAUGGCUCAUCUUGUUAAUUUUGCAGUGUAGUUCUGCACACUUUAUUUUCAACUUGGCCAGCUUACUGCAGAAGAGAUGGUCCUGCAGAGAUUAAUAGGAAAGAGAAAUCACAAAAUAUGUUAUUGGCAAGUGUGACGUGUCUUUUAGGUACGACAGUAAGAGAGUCUCAGAGACAGUGACUUAUAUAAAGUGUUCUUUGUCAUCUGUGUGUGCAUUGUUGCUCAGUCAGUGGUGAAGUGCCUCACAUAUGAUGAAAGCUAAUUAGUAAUCUGCUUUCCUCACACACCUCCCAUCUCUCUGCCACGUGUCGCGUAAUGCCGUACUGGUAGUUCUCAAAAUCUGCGUUCUCACACCAGAUCCGUUCAUUACUUGAGAGAUUUGCUCAGAACUGUUAAUCCAGUAGUGCCACUUCUCAUUAGCGACAAUGUCCAGAUUUUGUAAGUAGGCAUCAGUCAUCCUCGGUUUAGUAGAGCAUAAAUAAACCGCAAAUCCCUCCACUUGUUUGACGUAUCACAUUUCCCGACAGAGUGGAAACAGCUACUUCUUGGUUUUGAAUAAAAAUAGUGGAGCUUCUUCAUACAAUCACAUACGCUUUGCUUGUAUGUUUUUAUAUCUGUCAGAACUCGUCCCAAUCUCCCGACAGCAGGCAGUAUGUGUCUCAUUUAUUUUGCCUCAGUUUCAUCAUAUAGAUUCUUCUUAUUUGUAGGUGAAUGUAGCUAUUUGAAAUACUGUCAUUUAAAGCCCAUGAUGGAUUUUAGUUCAUUGUACGUUUUUGAAUUUUUAUUGGGGCACCUGUUCAUAUUGUUAUGAAAGUGAUUUUGGAGGAGUGUUGUCUGUGUAGUAAUUAUUUUUGAAAUUAUUGAGAAACUAGAUCUAGAACUUUUUAACUUCACACUGUUCUGUUCAGUAUACACGUUAUAGAGAGUAGGCACAGUACGAGUCAGAGUUAGCUUUUUGUAGCAGCUGUGUCGUAUCACAGCAUCGCACACAGCUUGUGGCGUGCAGAGAUUGUGAACGUUCCAUAUUGAGGACCUCCCGUCUGUGCUCGGUGGACUAUUCUGAUGAAAUGAAACACACUUACGACAUCAGCUGCUGGCCUAUUGAGGAGCUAAUGCUAAUUAGUUUUUUGCCGUCACCAGAAUAGUGUGUGCGUGUGAAGUGUAGCAGCUCGGGAACCUGUGUCGAGUAGACACCUACGGAGCAAUUUUGCACCGUUUGUCGAAUGUCAUAGUGAACUAGUGUUCUGAUUCUGUAUUAAAUACAAAGACAGAAUUAUACAACUAUAUUUGUUUAAUUUUUGUAAACUUAAUUU